AUGAACCCCGCAAUCAAAUACAACAACGCCUUGAAUAAGUGCCAGGAAUGCGGGGAGACAAGGAAGAUAAUUGAAGACUACAGGAAUGGCUUCUUUGUCUGUGGAAGAUGCGGGUGUGUCUUCAAGGACAGAGUCAUAGACGAGGGCAGUGAGUGGCGUAGUUUCAGUGACAGUGCCAAACCAGAUCCAUGUAGGGUAGGAAGUGCCACGAAUCCAUUUCUCGAUUCAGAGCAGCUCGAUACCGUGAUUACAGCUGGAUCUGGUGCCAAUUCGUACACUUUGAAUAAAAUUCAGAUGAAGAAUUACAUGCGUGGGCCAGACCGAGUUCUGAAGAAUGGAUUUGCCACAAUACAGGGAUUCUGUGAGAGAGGAUCACUGAAUAACAAGGUUAUGGACAGUGCACAGACCGUCUUUAAGGAAGUUGAAUCAAAGAAGCUUCUGAAGGGUAAAAACUUAGAGGGGUCAAUUGGUGCCUGCAUUUACAUUGCCUGUAAAACACAGGGGUGUCCUCGGACAUUCAAAGAAAUAGCAGUGAUAACGACAGUACCAAAAAAGGAGAUUGGAAAGUGCUACAAGCUGAUUAGUAGGGAAAUAGACACGUCUGGCGUGGUACCAAAUGCAGACAUAGUGGGGCGAUUCUGUUCUGACAUGAAUUUGGGAAUAAAGAUACAGAAGACAGCAAGGCACAUUGCUGCAGCAGUGCAGGAGAUAGGGUGUCUGGCAGGCAGAUCACCCGAUUCGGUGGCAUCUGCCGUGAUAUACUUCACAUUAUACUUGUAUCCAGAACGAGUUUCAAACCAGAAGGACAUUCAGUUCAUCACGAACGUGACGGAUGUGACAAUAAAGAGCACAUACAAGGAUCUGCUGCUAUACAGGCACGAGAUAGUGCCAGAAGAGUUCCAGGAAGCCGCUGAAAUGCUACCAAGAGCAUAA